CCGUGGAAUGGACCAACGUUGCAACACAAGCGAGAGCUCAGCCAGAGGCUGAGAGCGGUCCACCAUGCUCUACAGGGACCAAGGGCCGGGUGAUGGAUGACAAUGUGGUUUGUUACUUGCAAGAACAGGUAACCCCAAACACAGUGAUUAUCGUCAUUUUCGUCCAGAACAAAGGGUUGUUGAUCUUGUUCCUUGCUCCUUGAGUUGAUGGAUCACCAAGGCCUACCCUAAUAAGCCCCUCCACAGCAGCACAGCACAAUCGCCCAGCAUCAACAUCAACAGCACGAGAUACCCCGAGCAGCACAUACCACACCCGCCACCAUGCCUUCCAGUCGCGACCGCCGCGUCGCCAAGGAGCUCAAGGACAUCCAGACAGACCCGGCCGCGGGCAUCACCGUCGAGCUCUCCGACCCCAGCGGCGCCUCGAUGGAGUACCUCCACGGCCACAUCUUCGGACCGCCCAAGACCCCCUACGAGGGCGGCAAGUUCGACCUGCUCAUCACGAUGCCCAACGAGUACCCCUUCAAGCCGCCCAAGAUCGCCUUCAAGACAAAGAUCUGGCACCCCAACGUCAGCUCCCAGACGGGCGCCAUCUGCCUCGACAUUCUCCGCGACAACUGGAGCCCCGUCCAGACCAUCAAGUCCGCCAUGAUGAGCAUCCGCCUGCUCCUCGAGGUUCCCAACACCGACGACCCCCAGGACGCCGAGGUCGCUAGCCAGGCCGUCAAGACCCCCGCCCUCUUCGCCCGCCGCGCCCAGGAGUGGAGCAUCAAGUAUGCUGGCGCCCCCCAGAGGCAGCUCGACUUGCAGGGCAAGUACGCUGAGAGCCAGGCCGCCCCCGAGCCCGAGGACUUUGGGGGCUACCACCCGAGCCUGGUCGGCACCUGGACUCAGAUGGGCUUCUCGACCAAGAUCGUCGUCCAGGUUCUCAAGGAGCGGCGGGUUCCCACGUUCAACGGGGACAACUACCGCCCGAGCGACGAGGCGGUCGCGGACAUUACCACCCACAUAUUGGCCAAGAUAGCAGAGGAGGAAGUAUGAGGAUGGUGUGUAUGGAUGGCGUGAGUCGCCGGGUUUGAAAGCAUAGCAGCAGCACGGGCAUGGGAAAAGGCGUUGUUUGUCAUGGGCAUGGUAUUG